AUGGGGUUUUCACUUUCAAAUUUCACAGGUGAUCCUUUUGCCAUAACUACCAUCUCCUUUGGAAUAAUAUCAUGGGUGGUUGCUCUUGCAGGGGCAGCUGCUUCUGAACAAUCUACUUUCCCCCAUUUCAGUUGGUGGGGUGUAGCCUACCAAAUUGUCAUCAUCCUUAUAAUAUUUGUAUUGUAUGCCAAUAACAAUAUCGAACUAUACAAAUUCACCUUGGUUGGUUUAGUAUCGAUAGCAUUUAUCUACACGACAAAUACAACCAAUAAUUUAAUUUACAAUUCAGAUUCUUCAGGUAAUCUUUGUUGUGCAGCAGGAUGUAUUUUGUUGAGUAUCUUGAACUUAAUUUGGAUCUUGUAUUUUGGUGGUCAUCCAGAAUCCCCAACUAAUCAAUUUAUUGACUCAUUCAGUAUUAAAAACCAUGGUCACGAACAUUUGGGCAACACAAAUCCUGUUAGUAAAUCAGAAGUCCAAGCUUAUGACGAGAUGGGUGCCAACAAUCAAGACUACCGUAGAUAUGUGUCCCCAGCACAAAUUCCUGAUGCACCACAAGGUCCUUUGAGACUCGGAAGUCAUCAAGAUAUUUCUUCAGGCAAUGGCAACACAACUAUGCAACCACCAAACAUGCCAGGUUCAGCCGUCCACACUCCACAAGGAAACACCACCAACAAUAAUAACACUUACAUGUCAUCUUCCCAUUUGGCAGGCUUGGAAAAUUUCAGUUCUCAAGAUGUGCCGGGAAGUGGAGCUACAGGAAGAGACUUGACAAACAAUAGUACAAGCAAUAAACGCAACACAAUAUAUACUGAUUCAGAAACUGGAACAGGAAUAACAUUUAGAUACAAGGCUAAAGCAUUAUACAGUUAUGAUGCCAAUCCAGACGAUAUUAAUGAAAUUUCCUUUGUAAAGGAUGAAAUCUUGGAAGUUGAUGAUAUAGAUGGAAAAUGGUGGCAAGCUAGAAGAGCCAAUGGUCAAGUUGGUAUCUGUCCUUCGAAUUACGUUAAAUUGUUAGAUACAUGA